CGCUUGAUAAAAAUAUUUCAAUUCUGUCAUUGAUGUUAAUUUAUUCUUGUAUAAGGUACUUUAACCUACUUCCCCCUUCAAUAACCUUGCCUUUUAAGCACUGAUCAUUCCUUAGUUUAGUUGUAUAUCUCUUUGCUUGAUCUCUUAUAUUGGUAGACAUCUUUGCUUCGCGUCCUUCGAACGAGCUUUCUCCUCCGAACCCAUCUAGCAAAUUUGAUCCAUACAUACAACCAGUUCUGGCAUGCUUGAAUGUCCACAGAGCGGGAAAGAUUUUACGACAUAGGAAAAAAGAUCAAAAGAGAGACAGAUGCAUCUUCUCAAAUGGGAAGGAGACAUUUAUUUGGUCCUUCUGGGACCUUGAACACUCUCACACCAUGUGCUGCAUGUAAGCUCUUGAGAAGAAGGUGUGCUGAAGAAUGCCCUUUCUCCCCAUAUUUCUCUCCGCAUGAACCCCAAAAAUUUGCGGCUGUUCACAGAGUCUUUGGUGCAAGCAACGUCUCCAAGAUGCUAAUGGAGGUGCCAGAGAGUCAAAGAGCCGAUGCAGCAAACAGUCUGGUUUAUGAAGCAAACUUGAGGCUGAGAGACCCGGUAUAUGGGUGCAUGGGUGCAAUUUCAGCUUUGCAACAACAGAUUCAAACUUUGCAAGCAGAACUUAAUGCAGUAAGGGCCGAGAUGUUGCAACACAAAUUUAGUAACAUCAUUCCUUCAAGUCCAGCUGCGAUGGUUUCUUCUGGGGUUCCUGUUUCAAUUUCUCAUGCCCCACCUCGCACAACUCUUUCUAGACCACCACCACCUCGUCCUGAUCCACCUGUAUUGCCACCUCUGCCUUCAGCUGUCACUUCUUUCUCUUCUUCAUCCUCUACUUCUCUGUAUACACCACCUUCAAGCGCAACAGGUUACAGCUCCUUUAUUUUGAAUGCUAAUGUCCCAUUUUUUGACUGAAUUCACUGCAUCUACUCCUUUUUCUUCGUUUUUCUUGAAGAAUGCCCAUGCUCAAUUGAGUAGGAUUGGCCAUUUGAUAUAGUAGAAUUGAUCCAUUUGUUUCACGCUUAUAUAUAAUUCCUUGUGGUUGGGAAGUUAUUGAAGAGAUAAAAAGAGAACUUGGAGGCGCCUGACAAUGGUCAUGACUCUAAUCUUCGCCAGUUAUGAUGAGAUUCCUUUUGUUUUUUGUACGUUGUUUCUUUGGAGGGGGUGCGGCUGGAAGAAUUUUUCAAUUCUCAUUCAUUUUCCAGCUGAUCUCUUUUUUAUUCGAAAAUGUCGAAGAUAUAUGUUGCAAGUUUUACAUCAAAUAAGAAACUUACAUGUUGAGUCCGGUUUAUAAUAUGAUCGAUGUUGUCACAUUAGUACUAAACCAAAAAUAGUUGACUUUCCCUUUUAUCUGUAACAUUUUAUGACUUUGUACUUGUAGAAGUACCUAUGCAGUUAAAGUUACAGUGUUUCUAGCUUGACGUUUCA